AGUGAGUUUUGAUCACCGGUUGAGUUGAGGAUCUUCCGUAAUACGUCAACCUUUCCUGUCUCUUCUCCUGGCAUUUUCGCAACACCUUACUGGAAGAUCAAUUUUUUUAUAUCGCAGAAGUUUCAAGAUGAGUGCUGCACCGUUUACGGUGGAGAUGAUCUUAGUCUUUCUCCUAACUUUGUGUCUUCUUCAUCAGUAUGGCAAUUGGCGAAAGCAACAUUGGCUUGUCACGGUGGCUGUCUUUGUGGCCUGGUAUUUCUCUUUUCUUAUCGUGUUCAUUCUUCCUUUAGACGUUUCAGCGGUAAGUUUGAUCAUUUUACUCUUUUAAGGAAACUAUGUUAGUACGAUCAUAGCCGACUACUACUAGAAUUUGUAUCCUUAGAUUAUGAAAACUUCGAUGACAGCUUCUCUCACUCCGGCUUCGUUCAGACUGAAUAUUUGACAAAGACAUUAAAGCUCUAAACGUUUUCUGCAUUAUGUUUAACCGACGAUCAAAAUUUUUUCUCCCAAAGGAAUUUUACUUUACAAGACAUGUCUUACUAAAGCUCCCCUCAGGUCAAAUUUUAUUCAGACAAUUAUAAGUAAGCUUCACUAUAUCGGAUGUUUGCGUAUGGAAAUUUGUCAACAAACCCGUCUGUCUUUCCUAAGACUUUCUACAGAAAAUGCCUACACGAAGAAAAAUCACACAACCAACUCAAGCUAUCAGCAAACGCAAAUCCAUCAUCAAACGUAUCGCAUAAUAUCUCAGAAAAGAAUGAAAGCAAAGGAGAUGUUCCAGCAACACAAUGCGAAAAACCCUGGAGUUAUUUACCUGAGAAAGUUCUUCCUGAUCUUUGGAGAGUUGUGUACUGGUCUUCUCAAAUACUUUCAUGGUAAGUUCAAGUUCUUCAGUGUGAAAAAAACACUACAAUAUUUUAUGCCCAAUAUUGCUCCUACACUUUUUUUCACUUCUUCAAUGUCCUUGAUUCUGCCUUGAGUCUGUAGUUAUCAACAAUACUGAAUAGCAUUUUCAGAUUACCUUAAAAAUUCAUUAUAAGUUGCAAAUGGAUGCAAAGUAAAGUUUUUGGGGGAAUUUAAAUACAGAAGAACUGUUAUCAAUCCUACUCAUCAAAAUAUUUUUCGGGCUAGUUAAAGUGUCUUGGGCUAGUACAUGCUAACUACAGCUUAAAUUGCCCAAAUGGCAAGCUGUAAAACUGACUUAAAUCUUUGCAUCCUGACUUAAGUGGAAGGCGAAGUUUCACCAAUGCCCCUCCCCCCCUGAUUAGUUGCCCAAAGAUUUCCCUUUUUUAGAAACAUUGUUCUACCAAUGAGUCCAAAAGUUAGUUUUGAGACCAUUAAUAAAAUUGAAAGUAAAACAAAGAAACAAGACAAAACAAUCUUAAAAAAACACGUGACUGGUUUCUUGUAGACCUAUACUUGAUGUGAUUGUUUCUCUUCAAGGCUUAUCCUUCCUAUUAUGCAGUCAUACUCUUACGCUGGAGCUUUUACAGUCCGCGGCAAAAUAAAAACAGCACUGUAUGAGAAUGCUCUUUGGUAUGGCAGCUAUCUCGUCAUCUUUGGAAUUCUUUUGGUCUAUGUUAUUGUGAAACCUGAUCUUCAGUUGGAUUGGUGAGUUUUUUUGGAUUGUAAUUUUUCCUAUUUUUGAACUACUGAGCAUGAACUUGGUAUGAACCAACCAAUGUAUGUCUGCUGCAUGUCUCAUAGUUAUUCUGACACAAAUCAACAGUUAACCAUCUUGAAUCCCCAGAACUGGCCAUUGUACGUCCCAACUUUUCUACUUAUCAAUUGUUUUUCUAGGGGGGAGAAUGUUAGACAGAAAAUUCAUGUAGAGGAAAUGGUAAGCCUCAGAGCUGCCACCCCUACCACAUUCACAAACCCUUUACUGAGAAAUCUACUGUCAUUUCAUAGUUUCACUGGGGCCUUCCAAUGGGUGGAGGCAAUGUGGCGACAAAAAUUUUAUGGUGAACCAACAGCAACAUUUUUGUUCUAGCUAAAAUGUGACAGUCAAAUUUUUUCCUAACCUACUUAGGCAACACGCAGUCUCAGAAAUGAUGGAAAAGAGAAAGCAUGCUCCCUGCCCCCUGCUGGAAGGCCUCUUUAUGAACACUGUUACAUUUUUUAUUGAUUUCAAAAGCCUAAGGGGAUAUGUGUCUAGUAAUUAAAUGCUCUUUUACAGGUGCUUUUUUCACCUGCAGGACAGAUUAAUGAGUUUGUUGCAAUACUAUAUUGCAUGUUUAAUUAGCAUGCUCACCUGACGAUUGAUUUUGUUCAUAUUUAAAUUAGCUGUAGCUUGUGCUAAGAAAUGAUUAUUCACAGUGAGUGUAACUUGAUAAUUGAAGCAGUAUAUAGCAUGGUGAAAAAUAAAACUUCCCUUGUGUAAAGUUGCCUUGUCAUGCUCGAAGCGGAUAGUACAUGAGGAAACAGAGUUUAUCAAGAAACAAUACAAAAAUCAAGCAAGGAUGGACAUUGAUUAAAGUUACUUUAAAAUCUUGGUCCAACU